AUGGUUGUAGCAUUGUUAUUGACAGAGGGCUGUGCUUUGACUUGCUGCAUUUUGCUCAUUGCCCUAAAGGAUGUCAUUGCCUAUGUUUACACUACAGAUCCGGGAAUUGUGAAACUGGUCAGCUAUGUUCUGCCUGUGUAUGCUGGGUGUCACUUGUUCGAUGGAUGCGUGGCCACAUGUGGUGGAAUCCUCCGUGGCACUGGAAAGCAGAAGAUAGGAGCCAUAUUUCACGCUGUUGGCUACUAUGUUAUCUGUCUGCCCGUGGCUGUCUCACUGAUGUUUGCAGCCAAGAUUGGCAUAAUCGGGUUUUGGCUUGGCGCUCUCCUGUGUGCAUUCUUACAAUGUAUUGGCUUCCUGACCUUUCGUAUUCCGGAUUGACUGGGAUAAGGCCUCUCAAGAGGCACAGGCCCGAGCUAAGGAGAGGAUGCAGAUGGUGCUGUCCACUAACAGUAACCCAACAAUGUAUCAGAGGGCGUCUGUGACAGGUGAGCAACAUAGGGAAAACAAUCCUCCAAAACAGCCCUAGAUAUAAAAACCUUUAGAAAAUAAAUUAUGCACAAAAAACUGUAA